AGUCAUGUGAGUGUGCAUCUUUAUUUAUACAAUAUUUGGUGUACAUAGAGACAGUGCAAAAAUAAAAACAACAUGAACUAGGUCAUUUUUCUCAAAGUUGUCGGAAUGCGACGUGCAUCCACUUAUAUCAAUACAUUUGUAACAGCCUAAAUAUUACGAAACUUCUAUUCGAUCAAAUAAGCCUUACGUAAUUCGACACUCUCACAGACCUCCAUACAAUUCUUUAAAAAAAAUCUCAUUCGGACAUAUUUUGGGCGGAGUAAAUCCUCUCGAUUCGCCUCUUGCUCUCUUGUCCCGUAUACCAUCUAGUCAAAAUCCGAGUUUAACACACUGAGGGGUUUACCGCCGUAAUGUCGGAAACGUAAAGUUAACCUGUUUAGCAAGACGCUUUCUGAUUCGCUGCUCAAUACAAACUUGUGAAUGAUAAGCCAAUCAAUGAUGUUCUCAUUGGUCGUUGACAGCAACCAACAUACACAAUCAGAGAUAUUAGAAAAGGAUCUCUGACACAAUAAACAUAUCAAGAGGUGUCAAUGUUUAGCUAGCAGUUUGGGCUAACUGGACAAUUAUUACCUAGCAAUGUUUCUCACCAAAUAACAACGUUGCUAACCAAGAUUUAUGUAUAUCGUUCAGCCAGUUGAUUGACAACUGUCAGCUAAAAUGAAUCUGGGGGAUGGUCUGAUGUUCGAACUUGAAAAUGGAAAGCCCAGGCUAAUUCUAACCAAUCAUCAUGGUGUUGAUACGAAGAAUCAAAAUAAGAUACUCUCUCGAACCAGACCGCAAAAUGCUCUCAACUCAAAGAAGUUUCCUGAGCCAGUAUCUGAGGAGCCUCUGAGAGUACAGAGGAAACGUGCAGAGAGGAGGACGGCAGUCCCUAUCACCAACACUGUGCCAGUCAAGAAUGACACUCCAAUGGUUGCAUCCAAUCAUACAAAACCAAAGGCCAAGGGCAGCACUGACCACAAUACCAAAGCCGUGGCCAAAGUGCCCUCAGCUAAAGAACACAGGCAGAUAGCCACUGAUAGACCUCCAAAGACCACUGUGAAGGACAGCUUGGUCUGUUUGACCAAUGAGCAGCUCCAACAGAUCCUCAGCACAAUCAACAAUCAGGACGUACACACCCAGCCUCAAACAGAUGAACAGAUGGCUCUGAAGGAACAGCAGAAAGACCUGAGCAGACCAGAUGUCACGGCAGACUAUGGCCCAAGGGGAAAAAUGACCAUCUCAUCUAAACCUGGUCCUGGAGAUGGUCACAUGCACACCAGGAUGCAGGAGGAGAGGCUAGGAGGACCCGGUCUGGAGGACACAGACACAGUGUGGUCCACUCAGAGCUGCAGCAGUCACCGAGACCUCCCUUCUGCUAUCAGAUCUGCCUUCGUGGUGGGGGAGGCCACCCCAGUAGAACAUGCCUUCAGUGCUCAGAAGAAGGAGCAGCAUAGGAGAUGGCUGCAGGACCUGGACCAGCAGAGGGAGGAGGACAAGCUUCGACGCCGGAAGGAGAAACAGUAUCUCAGCCAAGCUGAGGACCAUGAGCGCUGGGCCAUGCACUUUGACUCCCCGCAGAUGAGAGUCCCUCUCCAGGUCCCCGUGGCUGCAGAAAGGGGCAAGUCAGAGCCCCUGAGCUCCCUCAGUCACCAGAGGACCGCUUCUGGAGCCCUGUCUGUGGCCUGGGACGGAGCCAGCACCUACGGAGGGGACAGUCUUGGGAGAGCCAGCGUCGACACCACUGGAGGCUUCCCACAGAAGGCCAGCCAUCUCCGUACCAUGACGGCCCUACUGGACCCAGCCCAGAUCGAGGAGAGAGAGAGGAAGAGACUGAAACAGCUGGAGCAUCAGCGUGCCAUUGAGGCUCAGGUGGAGGAGAGGAGGAGGCAGCGUGAAGCGGAGGAGGCCGUGCGCCAGGCUGUGGAGCAGGAGGAGGAGAGGAGAGUGGCGCAGGAGAGAGAGCUGCUUCAGACACAGUACCAGCUUGACACUCAGAGAAAGAGACACAAGGAGGAGCAGCACAGUCGGAAGCAGGAGGAGCUUUACCUGAGUGUUCAGCGGGCCCAAGAGGAGGCCCUGAAGGACAAGCACCAGCAGAGGAUCAGAGAGCUGGCCAGGAAGGGACACGACGUCUCCAAGCUGCAAUGCUCUCUGGAGGGGGAACCUGGCUCGUCACGGGUCUUUAACACCGGCUCAGGACCAUACCACUACCAGACAGGGAGGGAGAUGGACACCCUGAGAGAAGAGACUUGCAGCACCACCUCCCUUAGGAAGGACACGGCAGUCCAGACUGAGGUGAACCCAGCAGUCAGGCAAGGCUGCACAUACACAGUGGAGGCUCUAGGUAAUCGAAGCCAGGCGGUGCAGACCUCAGACAUCCCUGUAGAGCACAGACCUCCUCCUCCUCCCAACGCCAAGAGGUACAGAUGGGAGGCCAGGCAGGAGGCACGGCUGGCCCAGAGGAACCCUCCUGGCCCAGGGGCGGGGAAGGAGAACGUUUGGCUGAACGACCUGGGAGGUAGAGGAGGAGGUGGAGAAGGUGGUGCAGGAGACCUGUACGAGGCCUUUGCCCGGACAGACCGAGGCCAGGGCCAGAGACAUAGGGGAGGAGGUCGCAGGCCAGAGUGGAACACUCAGAGACCCAGUAAACCCUUUGUCCCAGCAUCGGAGCGCUACCCUGCAGGGCUGCAACACACCAGGCAGGAGAGCCGCCUCCACAGGCAGAUGGAACUCAUGACCCUGAUGGAGAGGAACACCAGAACCCCUCACCCCCCUGACCCCGAACCUGCUGACCCCUCGCCACCACAUGCCAACUACCCUGCUAGCACUGCACAGGGCAGGAUUAAAAAUGCUAUCACAGGUGUGACACACGCCAUGGCUGUUCACACUGGAAGGGGGCCCCCCAGAUCCCCUCCAGUUCCUGCCAUCAAACACCGCCUUCAGAAGCAGUCCCGUGGCUCCCGCCCCCCUACCCAGGCCCAUGGGUCGCUCCAGGACACAGUCAGCCCCCCCCCCCCCUCUGACUACGUCCCCUACCUGAGGACCGAUGAGGUGUACCACAUGGAUCCCCGUGCCCCCAUCUCCAGACCCUCUACACAUCCACAGACACAGCAACAGCCACACACAGAUGCGGUCCAGUGCAGGCCCAUUAGCCCUCCCCAACAGAAGGACCCGCUGCUCCACCCAGAGCUGCUUAGGAACACAGAGAGACAGCAGGCCAUACUGAAGAGCCUCUCAAAGCUACGGCAGGGUUUGUUACAGAAGCAGAAAGAGCUGGAGACAGGACUGAACCCUUUGUUGAUCGUUGCUGAGGACCACCACUGACCUCCUCUACUACACGUGACCCACAGCCUCAUGUCCAAAGGCACAAAGGCCCUAGUAAACACUCAGGUUGUGCAACUGAUGUACAAAGCAUUUGACAACGGUUUGUGAGAGCAUUGUUGUGCAGACAAACUCAAGAUAUCCAUUGUAUCACAAUCGUUGUGUUGAAUGUGUUGUAUAACUGGAGUGUGUAUUACGCAAUCCUGAACUGGAGCAUACAUACAGCACUUUACCAUUAUGAUUGAACUGACAUCUUAGUUUGUAAAGAGUAUUUAAGCUAAAGUUGGCACUUUACUGACCACAUUGUAGAUAUUAUAUAGAAUGUAAUGGCCUGUGUGUGAGUGGCUAUGAUUGUAGUGUUGGUAUUUGUGAUCACUUGAUAUGUAGUGGUACUUUUGCUGCCAUAGAAUAGAGUACCACAGUAUGAGUCAUAGUACCCAUAAAGCCUAGUGGGCAAACAGGGAAAUGGUUCCAAUUAUUUUUCCCAUAGGGAAUUUGAAACACUUAUGGGCUGUUUCGUAUAGGUUUACCCUGGCGUGACGUUUUGAUAACUAUGUAAAACUCUCGGACAAGGGGACUUAAUCAAUAUAUUCUCCUGUAUUUACCCCCAAAAAUGAAAUGCUAAUUUGCUGCUAAUGUGGCUAUCAUAAAGAACUACAAAUGUCAAGAUGAUCUGGACGAGACUGUCAAAUCGAGGCAAAAGUAAGAAUCCCUGGAUUAACUAUCUAAUGUUAGCUAAAUGUAGUAAUGAAUAAAUUGGCUACAUUUCUUCAAAUGGACAAUUCUAUGAAGUGUCUUGUGCAAGUUUUAAAUUGACCGGUUAUCAAAUGUGUCAGCUAGAGAUGACGUGCAGGAGCUUGGGAAUAUAUUUCUAAUUCUUUUUAUUUAUUCGUUUUAGAUCACAAUAUAAUCACAUGAUAUACAUUUACCCCC